CACCAUCCCACCGCCUCAUUCUACUUACCACCUCUAUCACAAUGUCUUCUCCCCUAACCCCACCCCCUCGCCCCAUUCGCCUCGCCAUCCUCGAAGCCGACACUCCAGUACCCGGCGCACACGCCCGCUACUCCGGCUACCGCGGCGUCUUCACGCACUUAUUCACCCGCGCCCUCGCCUCCUCCUCCCCUUCCUCCUCCUCCUCCUCCCAGGACCAAAAGCAACAACAAGGACAUCAACACCCCUUAUCCUCCUACCUAACCAUCUCCGCCCACGACGUCGUCAACAACCUAUCCGACUACCCCUCCCUCUCCGACAUCGACGCAAUCCUCAUCACGGGUUCCAAACACAGCGCCUAUGAGAAUGACCCAUGGAUUGUGAAAUUGACCGAGUUCGUCAAAAAGGUUCUUACUGAGGAGGGUGACGGUGACUCGGACGGAAGCAAACAAGGGAAAAAGAUCAAAGUCAUCGGUGUCUGUUUCGGACACCAGAUUAUCGGGCGAGCGCUGGGGCAGGUGGUGGAGAGGAAUGAGAAAGGGUGGGAGGUUAGUGUGACGCCGGUUGGGUUGACGGAUGUUGGGAGGCGCUUGUUUGAGGGGAGGGAGGAGUUGAAAAUCCAACAAAUGCAUCGUGAUCACGUCGUGGGCGUUCCAGACGGAGCGCAACUCCUUGCUUCUACCGAUGUGUGCGAGAACCAGGGGUUCAUUAUUCCGGGGAGGGUGUUGACGGUGCAGGGCCACCCGGAGUUUACCACGGAUAUCAUGGAGGAGUUGUUGGAAUUGCGAAAGGCGACUGGCCUUUUCAACGAGGAGCUAUUUGGAAGUGGUAUGGAUAGGAACAAGGUAGAUGAUGGCGUGUUUAUAGCCCAGGCCUUAUACAAGUUUCUGCUGCAGGAUUGAGUGAGGGGGCUGAUGGAUAGACUAUUGGAUUGGAUUGGGUCCAGAAUUUGUCUAACAUCGCAAGGCACGGGCUUGUGUCAAACACAGUAAACGAGGAAUGAACAAAUGAUGUCGUUAUGUUCGACUUU